UUGUUGGCAAAUACUCAAAUUAAACAAACCCGAUCAAUGGAACGUGCUAUAAAGAAAAUGAAAUCUACUUCUAGAAAAACGCCAUCCUUUGAUGAUAGAUAUUUUAUCCAUAAGACGCUUGAUUUAGAAUUUCUGUCUCCUCACAAACUGAAGAAGGUAUCAAGUAUUAGCAAGAAACUUUCAAAUGAGUUAUUUUCAAUAAAUUAUCUAAUCACUGGGCGAAGAACAUCAAUGGAGAAAUACGCAUUGUUAAAACAGAAUUCCGCUUGUUCAAUCUUACAUCAACUGCUACUGCUUGGAGAAUUUAAUAUGGACGCGUUACAAAAUAACCUUAUGAAAAAGGCUGGAUGUAGAAUUAGAGGCUGA